CGGAUACAGUUUUUUAGAUUUCAAGAAACUGAAAAAAAUAUUAUUUAAGGUUAUGUUAUCCUCAACAACAGCAACAACAACAACAACACAACAACCAACGACGAAGGCGCGGACAACAACGGUUACUUCAGAUCCGGGUAUCCUGUGCUUCCAUCAUUGUACCGUUAAAGUUUUCUGUUUCAAUUUGCCAAAUGUUUGCCCGAAUUGCAAUUGCGAGAUGGACAGGACAAUGCCAAAGUUUAUGCCAUUUCGACUGCCGUAUCCUUUCAUUAGAGCAUCACAAUACCCUUGUGGCAUAGUCCUUCGACCAACAACGGGUGAUUUUUUGAAUGACUACAAUAACUCCAUGGACCUGCACAUAGGUGUAACCACAUCACACGGCAGCAUUGUUGAAUUCGACCGGAACGGUCUUCAGCGCAGAUCCGACAACAAUGCAUGGUGGCAAUGUCUGCUCGUCGGAGAUGUCCCUGAUCCUUGGCACGACCUCUGGGAUGAUGUCCUUAUGCAGAUUUGUAAGCAGCCCCACUGGACCAUUGACCACUAUAACGAGGAGACCUACAAUUGUUAUACGUUUGUUUUGAAGUUUCUCGAAGCAUUGGGAUAUGCGGGGCUUAGUGAGGCAGCCCAAAGUAAGACUGUGUUUUGCGAAAAGUAUAUUGUUCCUAGGACCACAACGGCCGGUAAAUACAUCUCGCUCUACCGGAAGUUGAUGGAGAGUGGCUUGUAUAUGCAUAAUGUGAAGGACGGAAAUGGUGGUGGUGGUAAUACUGGGACUUUGAAUGGCAAAAACAUGGAACGACAUCAAAAGUUGUUUCCUAUUGCUGAGUAAGGAAGGGAUUUCGAAAUCUGGACAACGACGAUGACGAUGAUGACGACAGAAAUGCACGUUGAGUAUUAAAACCAGAACCGGAAUCAUUGCAAACCUCUUUUUUUUUUUUAUUUCCUCACAUGAGAUCUCUUAACUAAUUUAUUAUUUUUAUGUAAGUUAGGAUUAAAUCCAACAUUCCUAUAUAUUUUUUUUUUUUUGUUUCCACACAUUACAAUGUACAUCGAAUGUAGAGCUUUGUUUUAAGAUACAUUUUUAAUAAACCUAA